AUGACACCAAUCAUUCCUUCCAUUAUACUUCCAUCACUCGAAACAUCACACCACUGUUCAAAAACAAACUGUUGCACUUCAUCACCUGCCAACUCUUCCUCUCCUCUGAAUUCAUCAUACAGUCGAUUCUGGAAGGCAUAUUUCAUUCAUAAAAAAAGUGUCCAAAAACCCAAACCCAAACACAUAUAUAAACCCAUUUCAGAUUUUCUUGAACAGCACAAAGACUAUGAAUUCAGUAGAGAGAUUUUAUUCAAGAAAGAGGAACAAGAUGAUUUGGAUGAAUAUCAUUUUGAAUUUUACAAAAUGUUACGAUACCAUCCAGAGUUCAUGACCAUUCACUAUGUGAAUGCCAUGAUUCCAGAUCGUGCAGGUUGGAAUGGAUACAAUGAUUUUAUAAUUUUAAAGAAUGAAAAAGAUCAUGCAAUAGAUGAACGAGCAUUUAUUGAACGUGAUCAUGGUUUUACAUCAUGUUCGAACAAGAAAACCAUUCAUCAAAAAAGAAAAGUCUAG